AUGGAGAACGUUACACUACACUACUUCCCAUUCAAGGGUUUGGGCGAGGGGAUUCGCAUGCUCCUUACUUACGGAGGUCAAAAAUUCGAAGACACGCGUAUACCAUGGGAACAGUGGCCAGAGUUCAAGCCGAAAACUCCAUUCGGUCAGAUGCCGGUGUUAAAAGCGAAUGGUAAGACGUACAGUCAAACCCUGGCUGUCGCACGGUUCCUUGGCCGCAAGUAUGGACUCGCCGGUGAGAACUUGGAUGAAGCCUUCGAAAUCGACCAGAACAUGGACUUCUUCACCGAAAUUCGUGUCAAAUCGUCCACCCCCAUGUUCGAACAGGACCCAGAAGUUAAGAAGAAAUUGAAGGAGAAUCUUGAGAAAAACUACCUCCCGGGCGCAUUGAAGCAACUGAAUGAAAUCAUUGGCCAGAACAAUGGCCACAUCGCAAAUGGAAAACUAAGCUGGGGUGACUUCGUCAUCGCUGGGGUAUACGAUGCCCUGAAGAAUAUGCUCUUCCAAAUGCCAGAUAUGGAUGAGAAGUUCCCUCACAUUAAGAAGCUUAAGGAUAAUGUUCUGUCAUUACCGAAAGUUAAGGAAUACGUCGCAACAGCCGCUCCUAAAACCGAAAUGUAA